CAGGGCAAACUGUAUUCAGCUCUGAACGAUCUGUACAAGUGGGGCCAAGGAGCCAACUUGAGGGAAACAAAGAGAAUUUUAUCACUGGAGUCGCAACCCCAAAGACCCAAAGGACCACAGAAGCCAUGCCGAAGCCCCACAGUGACGCCGGGACGGCCUUCAUCCAGACCCAGCAGCUGCACGCAGCCAUGGCCGACACGUUCUUGGAGCACAUGUGCCGCCUGGACAUCGACUCAGCCCCCAUCACCGCCCGCAACACCGGCAUCAUCUGCACCAUCGGCCCGGCUUCCCGAUCAGUGGAUAUGCUGAAGGAGAUGAUUAAAUCUGGGAUGAACGUGGCUCGUCUGAACUUCUCUCACGGAACUCAUGAGUACCACGCAGAGACCAUUAAGAACGUGCGCACAGCCACAGAAAGCUUUGCCUCUGACCCCAUCCUCUACCGGCCAGUUGCUGUGGCUUUGGAUACUAAAGGGCCCGAGAUUCGGACUGGGCUCAUCAAGGGCAGCGGAACUGCCGAGGUGGAGCUGAAGAAGGGAGGGAAACUCAAGAUCACCUUGGACAAUGCCUACAUGGAGAAGUGUGAUGAGAAUAUUCUGUGGCUGGACUAUAAGAACAUCUGCAAGGUGGUGGAGGUGGGCAGCAAGAUCUACGUGGAUGACGGGCUUAUUUCUCUGCAGGUGAAGGAGAAAGGGCCUGACUACCUGGUGACAGAGGUGGAAAACGGUGGCUCUUUGGGCAGCAAGAAGGGUGUGAACCUUCCCGGGGCCGCCGUGGACCUGCCGGCAGUGUCAGAAAAAGAUAUCCAGGACCUGAAGUUCGGUGUGGAACAGGAUGUGGACAUGGUGUUUGCAUCCUUCAUCCGGAAGGCUGCCGAUGUCCACGAGGUCCGCAAGGUCCUUGGAGAGAAGGGGAAGAACAUCAAGAUUAUCAGCAAGAUUGAGAACCACGAAGGUGUCCGCAGGUUUGAUGAGAUCCUGGAGGCCAGUGAUGGCAUCAUGGUGGCUCGUGGGGAUCUGGGGAUUGAGAUUCCGGCAGAGAAGGUCUUCCUGGCCCAGAAGAUGAUGAUUGGCCGGUGCAACCGAGCUGGCAAGCCUGUGAUCUGCGCCACGCAGAUGCUGGAGAGCAUGAUCAAGAAGCCCCGCCCCACCCGCGCUGAGGGCAGCGAUGUGGCCAAUGCUGUUCUGGAUGGAGCCGACUGCAUUAUGCUAUCUGGAGAGACAGCCAAAGGGGACUACCCCCUAGAGGCCGUCCGCAUGCAGCACCUGAUUGCCCGCGAGGCAGAGGCUGCCAUCUACCACUUGCAAUUAUUUGAAGAGCUCCGCCGCCUCGCACCCAUUACCAGCGACCCCACAGAAGCCGCCGCCGUGGGUGCCGUGGAGGCCUCCUUCAAGUGCUACAGUGGGGCCAUAAUCGUCCUUACCAAGUCUGGCAGGUCCGCUCACCAGGUGGCUCGAUACCGCCCCCGUGCGCCCAUCAUCGCGGUGACCCGGAACCCCCAGACAGCUCGCCAGGCCCACCUGUACCGAGGCAUCUUCCCUGUGUUGUGUAAGGACCCGGUCCAUGAUGCCUGGGCCGAGGAUGUGGACCUCCGGGUGAACUUGGCCAUGAAUGUUGGCAAGGCUCGGGGCUUCUUUAAGACAGGAGACGUGGUCAUUGUGCUGACUGGCUGGCGCCCGGGUUCUGGCUUCACCAACACCAUGCGUGUAGUGCCUGUGCCUUGAUGACCCACGCAGCCCCUUCCUGCAGCCCUUGUCCCUCAUCCCCACCCCACCCCAUCCAUUAGGCCAGCAACGCUUGUAGUGCUCACUCCGGGCUGUAGUGUGGCACUGGGCUGGGACAUCAGGGGAGAUGAGCCGCUAUGAAAUGUGACUGGGUUUAGACCCUAUUUGAUGGGGGAUUGCCUAGAUCCCAGCUAACAGAUGAAGCAACAGAUGAAGGAGGAGGAAUACAGGACUUAACUGCAAGCGGGCAGCGACUCCUUCUUGUGUAGUUGGUUCAGUUCCCAUAGACAGGAUGUCCAGAGAACUCCCAGCCCUGGCCUGGAGUCCGGAAACUGCCAGUGAAAAAGUAGGGCUUAGAGCAUGGGGUCGUGGUUCCAGUACAGGCAGACUGACCAGCCCUGGUCCACCUUGCUUCCCAUAAUACCUUGCUCCCCUCCCCACCUGUGCCCUGUGCUCUUCUGCCCUGCGCUCUACUCAGCUGUCAAACAGACAAACACUCCACCUUUUGAGUUCCCCACUGCGGCGGCUGCAGGCCUGUUGCUAUAGAGCCCACCUUUAUGUCAAUAAACAACAGCUGAAGCACC